AUGACUGGUUAUUAUUUAGUUAGUGUCCUUUUUUUUACCCUUGUUGUCUGGAAUGAGCGGGAGACAAAUGGCAUGCUUCCAUCGGAAGAAUCGGGAUCGUUAGUCGAAUCCAUGGAUAGUCCAAGCUUGGGAACUGCUGUAGUAAGUACUCAAAUACUGACGAUCUUCAAUUAUGACAACAAUCAGGUAUAUGUGUACGCGGCUCUGUCGAACGAAAAUGAAAAUGUAGGGUCACCGCAAAAGUGGAUUUUCUACUUUGUGCCAAUUAUGCUACCAGAAAAAAAUAACAACAAUGACGAUAAAUGGUUGUUCAGUAGUAAUAAUGAAGUUCAUAUGAAAUUAAUAUUGAGCAGUGCAAAUAUUGUCGAGAUAGCAAGAAAAGCUAUUGUCGCUAAAUAUGAUUUAUCGAUUUCGCAAUAUGCGAAAUUCUGGACCGUUGCUCCACUUAUGAUUGAUUCAAUGAUGGCCUGGAUCGUAAAAGGCAGUAACUCUCCGGUCGAAGGGGUUCAUCCCUUUCGUAUCAUCAAUCCAAAUACGCUCACAAUGCAACUUUGGUUUCGAUGUUCUUCGUCAAACACUGCCGAAUUAAUCGUUGACAAUAUUCUCGAUGGAUAUUAUGAAGUUGAGCUAGCCUUCUACUUUUCCGGCUUCAAACAAAUCACAAUGAAUAUGAUUUCGAUUACCGGUGACCAGUUGAAGAAUGUACUCAGCAAGACAACUGCAGACGGUGGAAGCAAAAACGCCAAGUACAUUCAUCGAAAUCAAGGGUCAUCGUUUGUGAGCAAAUAUGUAACCAACGUAAAGAAAAUGAUAUACAUGGAAAAUGUAAACUCAAAUAUUUCAUCUUUAGCAGCUGGCUUGGAAGAUCAGUUUACCUCAUUGUUGCAGCAAGGUAUGGCUUACUCGAAUGAGGCGAAAGUUGAUGCCAAACUGUAUGAUCAAGUUUGGUCAUCAGCCGACUUGAAUCCUGAUCGAAUCACAAACGAACUAAAAAAGCUGUUUACCUAUAACCAAACCGCAACACAGCGGCACAACUAUUCAGAUAACUAUUUUGAUUUUAAUCAAGCAUAUGCACAAGCGUCAAGUGCUUCGGGUAGUGGUAGUUUCAAUAUUUUAAGUUUUUUCAGUGGUGGAGGUGGAGGUGGAUCAUCCGGUUCAUCAUCAAAUCAUCUAUUAACAACAACACAAUCGAUCUUUUCAGCCACUGAAAUACAAAAUUUGCUCACCCAAGAAUCUGUUGAAACCGAAUGGAUGGGUGAAAAGUUUAUCCCGAAGUCGUUUUCUGUUUAUAAACUCACAGACAUUGCUGACUGGCUGCAAGUGGCAAUUAUCGCAAAACAGCUGAUUGCGGAGAAGUCCAACGGAGCUAUUGUGCGCACAGUAAAUACACGAAGUAGUACAUUGCUACCGAGCAUACGCCCAUCGGUAUUUGCAGGAAGCUCAACACAAACACUCACUGUUGCUCAAAUACCAACCCAUCAACACAACAAAGGAACGUUGAGCGCCGAUAGUUCAGGCAGUCAUGUUCAUUCUAUCAACGAUGCAGGACACAAUCAUGGCGGUUCAACCGAUACAAGACCCGGCGGUGGAGGUAGAUUUAAUCUGAAAUCUAAUGGCGGUGGUCACUUUGAUGACGGAAAUGUUCACUCACAUACAAUUCCUACUGGUCACACUGGAAUAUCAAUUUUAGCUGGCGGCCUCCAUGGUCAUUCAAUCAGCGGUUCAACAGAUUAUGCUGGAUAUGGACAAUCGUUUAGUAUUAUGCCACCUUAUCAAACCGUUGACUUUAUCAUUUACACUGGAGACUAA